AGGAGCCCUUGGGUUGCCCAGGCCUGGCUGGAGCUCAGAAGGAGCGGUGGCUUUAACUGCUUUAACGGUGUCUGCUGUCACUCUCCUGCCCCCGCCCCCGGCCCUAGUGGCUGGAACCUGAGGCCCCACCACUCCGGACCCGGCCUGAGCCUGAGUUGGGCCGAGUUGGAGGCCAGAGCCCGGAAGCAAGCUGGAGUAGGACUCAUCUGCCAGUGAGUGAACCCACAGGAGCCACAGCCUUGACCAUCCUAACCUGUGUCCUGUGAGCAGCAGAGACUGAGUCAAGCCGGGAAGCACCAGCCAUCAGUGCCCCUUGAGAAGUGACAGCACAGGAGAUCCUCCAGCAAGGGGGGGAAGGGGAGGAAGGAAGGAAAAACAAAGGCGAGUGAGCGAGCGCAGGAGCCUUUGCGCCGCCUCCCUGUGCGCCUGCCUACGAUGUGUCAGUCAGAGGCGCGGCGAGGACCAGAGCUCCGAGCAGCAGCGAAAUGGUGAGAUGCUGCCCACCACCACGUCCUAACCCUACCGUGCCCCGCCACAGCCUCCGGAAGGUCAGAGUUCAUGUCCACCGGCUUCGCAGUGGAGGUAGCAGUGGGUGGCCUGGGGGUCAGCCCACAAGGCUGGAAGGGCCUGGCGAGGGAGGCCUGAGUGCCCUCAGUAGGAGAGCCCGCUUCAGGUUGCACUUUCCCCAGCUGGCCCUGCGGCGGAGGCUGGGCCAGCUGAGCUGUAUGUCCAGACCUGCCCUGAAACUUCGCUCCUGGCCCCUGACUGUCCUCUACUACCUCCUACCCUUUGGCGCCCUCCGGCCACUCAGCCGGGUUGGAUGGCGGCCUGUAAGCAGGGUGGCCCUGUAUAAGUCAGUGCCAACACGUUUGCUGUCACGGGCCUGGGGUCGCCUCAACCAGGUGGAGCUGCCGCACUGGCUACGCCGUCCUGUCUACAGCCUAUACAUCUGGACCUUUGGAGUGAACAUGAAGGAGGCUGCUGUGGAGGACCUGCACCACUACCGCAACCUCAGCGAGUUCUUCCGGCGCAAACUAAAGCCACAGGCCCGGCCUGUCUGUGGCCUGCACAGUGUGAUCAGCCCAUCGGAUGGGAAGAUCCUCAACUUUGGGCAGGUGAAGAACUGUGAGGUUGAGCAAGUGAAGGGGGUCACCUACUCGUUGGAGUCAUUCCUGGGCCCUCGAACCUACACAGAGGACCUACCCUUCCCACCAGCCUCCUCGUGUGACUUCAGAAACCAGUUGGUCACCCAGGAAGGGAACGAGCUCUACCAUUGUGUCAUCUACCUAGCCCCUGGGGACUACCACUGCUUCCACUCCCCCACUGACUGGACUGUCUCCCACCGGCGCCACUUCCCAGGCUCCUUGAUGUCAGUGAACCCUGGAAUGGCCCGCUGGAUCAAAGAGCUUUUUUGCCACAAUGAACGGGUAGUCCUGUCAGGGGACUGGAAACAUGGCUUCUUUUCAUUAACAGCUGUGGGGGCCACCAAUGUGGGCUCUAUUCGUAUCUACUUUGACCGGGACCUGCACACCAACAGUCCAAGGUACAGCAAAGGCUCCUACAAUGACUUCAGCUUUGUGACACAUGCCAACAAGGACGGUGUCCCCAUGCGCAAGGGUGAGCACCUGGGCGAGUUCAACCUGGGCUCCACCAUUGUGCUCAUCUUCGAGGCCCCCAAGGACUUCAAUUUCAGGCUGAAAGCAGGGCAGAAGAUCCGCUUUGGGGAGGCUCUAGGCUCCCUCUAGGGCCUCUUUCUGGGUGUGGCUGCCGAGGGAAUCUUUCUACACAGGAGCAUGAGGGUCUUUUAGAAAGGCCCCUGAGGGUGUCCAGGUGAGCACCACCGAGCCAUGGGGGGCUUCACUUGGUAGGACCUGAAUGAUUUGCUCCUGCCUGUCCCAGAGAUGCAGACAAAAGGUUCUGGCUCCUUUUCAUAAGACAGCCAGAGCCCAUGUUAUGCCCUAGGCCUACCCUACAAAGAAACCAUGUCAGGGGGAAUGACCUGAGUCACUUGUGGAUCUUUUUUAAUAUUGUGUAAACUGAAGACCCCACAUCUCCUGGCUGAGUGUCCAGCUGGUCUCGGAUACUGUUUGAAGAUGCUAAGUGCUAAACAUGCCCUGUAGCUGCUCCUCCCAUCACUGGGCAGUUUCCUGUCAGCCCCGUGUCCUUUUUCUGUCCUUGUCCUGUGGCCUCCCCAUGGUAAGGCACCUCCCUGGUAAGGACUGUGGACCCACCCUCCCCUCAGAGCACGUGGCCUUAUGACAGUUGCCUUUUGUUCCCAUACUUGCCUCACCCUGCUUGUUGGAAAAGCAGAAUUUUUUUCUUUUUUUGGUACCGGGGAUCAAACUCUUGUCCUUGCGCUUGCAGGGCAGGCAGAGGAACCACUGAGCUAAAUCGCUGGCCCAAAAGCAGAAUCUUUCUUCUUUGCAUCUUUGGCUGCAUGCAUUGCCUUGGACUUUGCCCGUGUUUUCUGAGGAUGAUGACUAAUGAUGUGAACCUUUAGACCCUGAGAGUGACUUUCCAGAGCUGGCUGAGUCCUCUUUGCAGCAGGCAAAACCAUUUACUGUCCCAUUUGGAGGCGGCCAGAAUGAAUAAGGCAGCCAACAAGUGAGGGCCUAGCUCAGGAACAGGGUGGGGGAGAUUGCUGCUCUGUUGGAGGCAAAAGAGCCUUGAUGGUGGGUCAGUGCCUAGGAAAAUCUGUCCCAGGUGACAGGUAUGCAGGGCCUGGGGAGCAUACUGGUGGGGACAAGGCUAGGUUUUGUGUUGAUCCUGGGAAUGCUGUGAAUUUCUCCUGCAGGAGGAGUCAUUGAACUUUUUCAACUGUAUCAGUAGCACAGUAUUUUUGUAUGAAAAGCGGGAGAUUUCUGAACAGUAAUUCAUUUAAUUGCAAGGCAUUUUGAAAUAAUAAAAACCCACAAAACUCA